AUGUUCAAAUUGGUCGUCCUCUCCGCCCUGGUAGCCAUCGUUGCCGCCCAGAACCCGGAUGCUGAUGCUCAGGUGUUGGCCCAAGACUCCGUCAUCAACCCGGACGGUUCCUACCAGUACCGGUACGAAACCAGCAACGGAAUUUCCGCCCAGGAGAACGGAGUCGGUGGCCAGUCGGCCCAGGGUAGCUACUCGUACACCGGCCAGGACGGAGUACAGUACAGCGUAAGCUACACCGCCGAUGCUAACGGAUUCCAGCCACAGGGUGCCCAUCUGCCCGUCGAUGUUCCCGCUCCGGAACACGUGCUGCGAACACUGGAACUGAUCCGCGCCAACCCACCACGUGAUGACCCCAACUUCAGCCUGGAUGCUCUGAACGCUGCCAUCGCCCGGCUGAGCGGCAAGAAGUAA